AUGCCGACGCCGGAUGAUGAAGCCAUGGUCUCGCCGGUGGAGCACGAGAGCAUCGCUGGCCGCCCGACUUGUCCACCCGAGGAAUCGCGCGUUAUCGCGACGCACGAAUUGAAUGAGACACGGGGCGCCCACGACGACAGCAAUGCCAGCGCCGUGCCCGAUGUUCCCAUGCAGCAGCCCACUCCGUCUCCACAAAACUCGCGCGAGCAUACCCAGGCGCCCGACGAUAUCCAGACCAAGCUGCCCAGCACCGACAGAGACUCGCCCACCAGAGACAUUCCCACGCCUAUGACGGCGACAGACGACGGCACUGACGAGCAACGCACCUCUCACGUCUCGCCGCUUUCUCCCGCUGCGCCAACUUCGCUGCUCGCCAGCCAUCUAUCGUCCCCAUUCCCUGCGCAUAGGUUCCUACCCAACACAUCCUCGUCCCUCCUUCGGCCCGGCAGUCGCUUCGUGGGCACCCAGACCUCCGACCGCCAGCAGUAUGACGUCGAAGUCGAUAUAAAACAUGUCGACAUGCGCGAGUCCUUCAUGUGUGGAUACUUGCGCAUCAAAGGGCUAACGGAAGACCACCCAAGUCUGACGACGUACUUCGAAGGCGAGAUCAUCGGAACCAAAUACACCUUCAUUACACAGCAUCCGGAAUGGGGCUCCAACGAGAAGGUCGACCGGCAACACUGGGGGCGGUUCGACGCAUACAAGCCGAUUGCUAAGUACUCUGCGCGCCAGGAACAAGUGUCGAAGGAGCUGAACCAGAAGGAACACCUCUUCAUGCGGUGGAAGGAAUAUUUCCUCGUGCCAGACCACCGAGUGAGGACUAUAAGCGGUGCGAGUUUUGAAGGCUUCUACUACAUCUGCUUCAACCAGCUCUCGGGCGGCAUCGAGGGCAUCUACUUUCAUGCUAAGAGCGAGAAAUUCCAGAAGCUCAAUUUGAAACACAUCCAAGAUUUUGGGUGUCAAGGCGCGAUUGAAUUCCGAUAA